AUGAUUAAUAGACUAAAGCUCUCUACAUUAAACGUUGUUAAAGCAUAUGAAGAGGUCAAUAAAGCAUAUAAAAAAGCAACCUUAGCAGUUGAAGAAUUAAAAGCGAUUUUGCCACCUGAUACGACAAAUAAUGGCAAAAUCAAUAAUAAUAUCCUUCGUUCAGAUACUUUUCCAAAAUCGACUUCACAAAAAGAUUCAACGAAAAAUAACAACAAUGACGACAAUAAAAAUGAAAUGAAUGAUGGAUUAGAAUUUACUGAAAAUCAAUUCGAGACAAGAGCUACUACUGCUAGCAAUAGAGCUGAUAGUGAUAAUAAUUCUUCUAGUAACGACAACACAAUUAAUAUUAUUUCUACCAACUUUAGAGUUGGUGAUGUUAAAGGAAAAAAUAGUGUUGGCAGUGUUAGUGGUGAUGGUGAAGAAGAAGAUACGGUGAGAGAAACAGCAGUAGGAGAAGUGGGAGGAAGAGAGAAUUUAUUGAAAAGGAAAUCUAAAAACCUAGACAAUAAAAAACAUAAUAAAAAAGUCGUUAUAGGUAAAGUAGUAAAAGAUAAUGAAAUGGUAGUAAUAGGAGUAGAUGUUAGUAGAGAUGGUGUAAUUGUAGAAGAUACCCAUGUAGUAGAUAAUUAUGUAAAUAAAAGAAAAUCAACAACUCCUCUAACUGCCCCAAUUACCACAACAGAUACCACAACCGAUAUCACAACCAAUGCGAUAACCGAUACCACAACCAAUACUACAGCCAAUAUCACCACAAUCAAUAUCACACAAACAAUUUCAAAAUCAAUUCCAUCGAUCACUUUUCCUUCCACAUCAUUAUCGCCUCCUGAAUCUGAAUCUUCAUCACCGUCGUCAUUACCAUCGAUUUCAAUUGAAGAACAAAAAAUAAUCUUGAGAGAAUUCAAUCACUAUUAUAGGUUACGUAUGUCUGAUAAAUCUACUACGCAAUGGAAGAUUGCAAAUGAAAUACGUGAUAUUAGUGAUGUGAAGAUUGCACUUGCACAAUCCACUGUCUCAAAGAUACUCAGUAAAAAUAGUAUGCCGAAAGAUACCAACACAUUAAAUGCAAUCAAAAAAUGGGUUGAAAAUGAAAAGAAUAAAACCAACAAUGUUAUUGAUAAGAAACUAAAAAAAAUUUUAAAUUCGUAG